AUGGUGAAAUUAAAGAGUGGAGAAUACUGCUGUUAUGUCCGCAGAGCUGAUUACCGUCAAGUCUUAGGAUUCAGCAAUUGUGUGACACUGACUGUUCAUGAACUCUUCAGUAAGCCCACCCUGACAGUCCACCCCAGUACCACAUUGUGGGAAGGUGACACUGUGACACUGAAGUGUCAGUCUGAGAGUCAAUUGCAGGAGAUACAACUGACAUACAAAUUCUACAAAGACGAUGAAUCUGUGAGUCAAGGAGCUUCAGAGUCGGAGUUCAGAAUUCCAUCAGCUCAACCAGAGACGUCCGGCAGUUACUGGUGUGAGGUGGAGGCAGAAGGGAAGAAGACUGAGAAGAAAUCAAGUGAGCGAGUGCAGGUGACCGUGAGAGAGCUGUUCACCAAGCCCACCCUGACAGUCCACCCCAGUACCACAUUGUGGCAAGAGGACAAUGUGACCCUGAGGUGUCAGUCUGAGAGUCGAUUUCAGGGGACACCCUUGACAUACAAAUUCUACAGAGACGAGGAACCUGUGAGUCAAGGACUUUCAGAAUCAGAGUUCACAAUUCCUUCAGCUCGACCAGAGAAGUCCGGCAGUUACUGGUGUGAGGUGGAGGAAGAAGGGAAGAAGACUGAGAAGAAAACAAGUGAGCGAGUGCAGGUAACCGUGAGAGAGCUGUUCACCAAGCCCACCCUGACAGUCCACCCCAGUACCACAUUGUGGCAAGAGGACAAUGUGACCCUGAGAGACGAGGAACCUGUGAGUCAAGGACUUUCAGAGUCGGAGUUCACAAUUCCUUCAGCUCGACCAGAGAAGUCCGGCAGUUACUGGUGUGAGGUGGGGGAAGAAGGGAAGAAGACUGAGAAGAAAACAAGUGAGCGAGUGCAGGUGACCGUGAGAGAGCUGUUCACCAAGCCCACCCUGACAGUCCACCCCAGUACCACAUUGUGGCAAGAGGACAAUGUGACCCUGAGGUGUCAGUCUGAGAGUCGAUUUCAGGGGACACCCUUGACAUACAAAUUCUACAGAGACGAGGAACCUGUGAGUCAAGGACUUUCAGAGUCGGAGUUCACAAUUCCUUCAGCUCGACCAGAGAAGUCCGGCAGUUACUGGUGUGAGGUGGAGGAAGAAGGGAAGAAGACUGAGAAGAAAACAAGUGAGCGAGUGCAGGUGACCGUGAGAGGAGUUCUGCAACUUCAUAAUGUGAGGACCUAAAAAAGGAAAUCGGUACUCCUACUGGGACCCAA